AUGACGAAGGGUACCUCCAGCUUUGGCAAGCGCCACAACAAGACUCACACUCUCUGCAGGCGUUGUGAUGAGCUAACCGAUUGGGAUUUGCGUUUGGAAAAUUCAGGCCGCCGCUCUUUCCACGUCCAGAAGUCGACAUGUGCCAACUGCGGUUACCCCUCCGCUAAGACUCGCAAGUUCAACUGGAGCGAGAAGGCCAAGCGCCGCAAGACCACCGGUACCGGCCGCAUGAGGCACCUCAAGGAGGUUCACCGUCGCUUCAAGAACGGCUUCCAGACCGGCACCCCCAAGGGCGCUCGUGGCCCCGAGAGCCAGUAA